GCAGCUCAACUCCCUUUUUGACGCUUAACCGCCUCUGCUGCUUUUUUUCUUUUCCUUUUUCCACUCUUCCACACGGACAAUGCUCAGGGAAGAAUGACUACACAGUACGAGGCAAGGCAAGGAAAGGAAGGCAAAGGAAAGGGAAAGUGGGUAUGGCAUUGCGAGCUAAUGGACUACGAUGGAUGGAUGCACUGCGAGCGUCGUCCUGUAAGAUCAAAUCGCAUCAGAUGGGCCCAAAGCAACGUAAUACCGACUUGGCUAGCGAGGGAGCGAGGUUCCGCUUUGAAACUUUUAGAUCUGGUCCCUUCCUCUUUGAGUAAUAAUUAAGUAUUUGGGAGAAAGUCUAAGUCGAGUGAUGUGCAAAGUAGAGGAAAGCGGGGACGUCAAGGUCGACUAUCAUCAUAAUUAUCAAUCACUCUUUUAUGGAGAAUUGACGACGGGAGAUUGUUAUAAGAAUGCGAAUGACGGUCCAGUGCAAUAAAUGCUCCCAAUAAGAAGUGGCACCCCCCGACUGCACCUAAUCGCACCAUACUCCGUCCAGGGCUAACGAACGGGUACUGGUGAUUCCCGGGGCCGAGAAAGAAGGGUCGAGUCUGUUGAGAAAGAGUUUCUCGUUCUGACGUGCGUGCGACAACAGCAUUCCUGCAUAUUGCAUCUUCAUUCCUCUCUCCCCUCGCGCGAAACUCAAUCCAAUCGAGUUCACGUCAAGUCACGUCACGUCAAGUCAAGUCAAGCCAGCCCAGGCCGAGCCGCCCGUCGGACACUGAGGGUCAAUUCCAGAUUCUCCUCUUCCCUCUCUCGCAUUGUCAACAAGAAAACCACUCCCUAUGUGAAAGACAUCCAUCCAGAGCAUCAGCCGCACCUCGACUUGUAUUUCGUGUGUCAACCCACCAAAUACUACCCAAAUACUACCUUAGUACAUCGUACUCGCGGGGGGCAUAAAUAAUUCCUAGGGUUGCGACAGGGGUAUAAUCCUAAAAUAUUAUUCACUUGCCCUUGGAUGCUCCGAAACCAACAAGAAUAAAGGCUGCCGCCACGGAUACAUUCGUUCUCCUUUGUGUUCAAAUCAAAUCACUUUGGCGUGGGACUCUAACGGAAGACUACAAACUUUGAUCAUUUCAUCAUACGGUUUUGUGCAGGUAAUACCGACCAAACCGUUUUCUUUUUUGAAAGCCCUCGAUCUACCACACUCGUUUGCCUCGCAUCUCCAGCAUUUACGAUUGCACACGCACCUGAGAAAACCCGGCAUACAAGAAACUCUCGCUCGCUCGCCAUAUAUCGCACCCUUCCCCUCCUACCUCGGUACCGACCGAUCACACUAUUGCAGCGCAACUUCUUGAUAUCCGGAAAGUGCGGAGAUAUAUCAGAAAGAAUCUUCUAACCUCAUCCAGUAGAGUUUGGGUGGAGAAGUAUCGAACAGCGGGUCAACGGUCGAGCAAUACGAAACUUGACCAUGCCAGCCCAAGUUGCAACCCCCCCUGGCUCAGAAGGCUUCAGAAUGGCUUCCCCCAAAGGAUCCCCUGCGGGUUAUUUUGACGGUGAAAGCUCAAAAGAGAAUAAUACUGGGCGAAAGUCAGUACCACCAUCACCUCCCGCUGGAAGAAUACAAGGAUCACCAAUGACUCCCACUAAACUCAAUAUCCAACGUCAGUCUCGUCAGUCGCAGAUCGGGAACGAUGAGGAAGCAUUCAAAACUCAGGAGAAUGAGAGUUCUCAGCGGUCCGAAUUGUUUCUACCUGUUUCUGCUGAAAUGCCAUACCGAACACCACCGCCGGCGCCCGCAACUAUUAUAGAGCCUUCCCAACAAUCAGAACUGAGGAUGUCUGGGGAAUCUUCUUCAGCAUCAAGAACUUCAUCUGAGACCUCUUCAGCCCACCGAAACCGAUUUGGAAAUGCAAUUCCUGAACGGAUCGAUGAAAAUGAACCUGGUGCGCAUGAGCAACCAGUGCCUCAAUUGCAAUAUUACCACCAGGCCCCCAAAACUCCAAAUCAUCGGGCUUCUAUGCCCAUCGGCACAGGUUCAACGGAUUUCAUGGAAGCAGGAUCUUCGACAAAUCGCCACUUAACCCCUAGCUCAUAUGCCAGACAUUCUUCUAAUAAUUCAAGCCAAAGACCAUUAUCUGCGUAUUCUGACCUGGGUGGUAGAACUCGUUCACCUGUCAAUGGGCCCAACUCACCAACUUGGCGUACGGGAUCCGCUAACUCGGGGAGGUCUCAUGAUAGGCCAAUGUCGUAUAUCGACCUUGCUAACAUGCCCUACACGAGACAACAUGCACCGGGUCCAAUUUCACUGGAUAAUUCGCAGCUGAGGACGGUUGUAGGAUCAAAUGCGUCGUUACUGAGCGCACAGAAGACGUUAGAGAUGUAUCGGCAAAACGCCAAAAAAUCGAGUAGUUCAGAGAUACAAUACUCUUUUGCUAUAUUUUUAAUACAAGCAGCUCAAGAGGCUGGUCUAAACGUAGAAGAAGACACUCCACGCAAAGCGAGCCCGAAACCUGGUCGCAAUAGCCCUUACAUAGAGAGUGAACCUGCCACUCCACAGAACCUACUGCGCGAAGCCAAGAGUAUUCUACAAAAACUGGCCGACCGAGGGUAUCCAUUUGCACAAUAUUAUCUAGCUGAUGGCUUCUCUUCUGGGCUGUUCAAUAAAGGAAAACCAGAUCUCCAUACUGCCUUUUCAUUAUUUGUUUCAGCAAGCAAGCACGGUCAUGCUGAGUCUGGCUACCGAGCUGCGUUGUGCUAUGAAUUUGGGUGGGGCUGUAGAGCUGACGCUGCAAAGGCAGUGCAAUUUUAUCGAGCAGCAGCAGCUAAAAAUCAUCCCGGUGCGAUGACUCGUCUUGGUCGAGCUUGUCUCUCUGGCGACCUCGGCUUUGACCGAUACAAGGAGGGUCUUAAAUGGCUAAAACGAGCCACUGAAUCGGCUGAUGCUCAGUACAAUUCCGCGCCAUAUCAUCUUGGAAUGCUCUACGAGAAUGGCUAUGGAGAAGAUCUUUUCAAGGAUGAAGCCUAUGCGGCUGAACUUUUUACUCAAGCCGCAGAGUUAGGAAACGCCGAUGCUUCUUUCAAACUAGGCCAAGCAUAUGAACAUGGAAAGCUUUCGUGUCCUCGAGAUCCUGCUUUAAGUGUGCAUUUCUAUAACGGAGCUGCGGAGGCUGGUAAUCCCGAGGCUAUGAUGGCGUUAUGUGCUUGGUAUCUGAUUGGUGCUGAACCGGUGCUCGAAAAAGAUGAGAAUGAGGCAUAUGAGUGGGCACGACGAGCUGCUGACACGGGUCUUGUCAAGGCAGAGUAUGCUGUGGCAUACUUCACAGAGAUGGGUAUUGGUUGUCGACGCGAUCCGCUGGAAGCUAACGUUUUGUACGUUAAAGCUGCCGCAUCUGGCGAUGAGCGUGCGAAACACCGACUUGCCAAAAUCCGAGCAGCAGCAUCGGGAGGUACACCGAUGGAAGUGGCCCCACCUAGAAAUGCGGCCAAGAUUAAGAAAAGUGCAUCGGCAGUCGACAAACCGGGGAAAGAUGAGAAGGAGUGUGUAAUAAUGUGAAGAGCGAUAGAAGAUUUCCCGAGUUUGAGGAGGGAAAGCAAACAGCUUUGCAGGCACGCCAAUUAGUUUUGAUGUCUAAUAGUUAUUGGUUGGGACCUUGAAAGAAGCCGAGUCUGGAGAUUAACGUGAACAGUAUGAUCCGGACUGUAUUAGCAGAGAUAUACUGUUGGUUGUGGGCAUAGCUGUCGAUAUAGAAAGGCGUGAUAUAGAUCUCGCAGGAUAAGACUUGAAUGAAUUGGGCAAAAUGCCUUGCUUUUUUUCGCGAUACGUUGCAUGCGAGGCACGGCGUUUCAUCACUCUAAAUAAUGAAUGGCGUUUGCUGGUUUCUUUUUAUUUUAUCAUGUUUUGAGGGAAAAAGAAAUAUCUUUGUGUUCGAAGUUUUUUUUAUAUAGCAUUGAUGAUCUCUGCAUUUGAACGCGGAGGGAGCAUGGUCUGAGGGCGAGGGUGGGGCUAAGCAUUAUUUUGAGGAGUGAAAGGGAGAUGUUCAGGAGGGGUAUUCGGCUAAAUGGCACAUAUAUGAAGGAGAUAAUUAUAGGAGGUGACUUUCUCACUAAGGACUUAGCCGAGCGAAUGAGUGGAGGGGAGGUUUGAAAUGGAACGAGAUAGUGAUGGAUUGAGUGGAAUUGAUUGAAUUUGAUGGAGAGGCAGAUGAGUAGAUGAGUAGAUGGCGGAAGAAAUAGGUAGUGAUAGUUUUGUUGCCACUCAAUAUAAUGAAAUUAUAUGAUUCAUGAAUUGA